GUUGACAAUGAGGAAGCUCAAGGGAGUUGUUAAGGAAACUGCUAAGCAGAAGCGUGAGAGGAAGCAAGAAUUUGCUAAGAUGCGUCAACAAAUAAACACUAUAGUCUUGCCGACGUUUGCGGUUAUCUUCCUAUUGAUAUGUGUCUACGUCUACUUUAAAACACGGCCUUCUUCUAUGCAGUACGCGUAAAAAAGGUUUAAUAUCUAUAAUUAAAUUGUACAUAGUAAAUUAUUUGUGUUCAGAGUAUGGCGUAAAUGUGUAAUACCAUGGUUGUGAGUUGUAUGGUGACUUGUUAUUAUAUUUUAUAA